UUAAAGCCCUCCUCAUCGUCUUCUUCCUCUCGCCUCCUCAUCCCCCUCGCGAUUAAUUAUCCUCUUCCCCUUCAUCGCCCCCACUCCAUUCACCCUUCCGCCGCCGCAGGUUCGCCGGUGCCACCGGCGCCAUGAAGGGCGCGAAGCUUCUGCUCUUGCUGGUGGCCUCAUCUCUGUGUCUAUCUGCUUCGAUCGGUGCCCCGCAAACCUGUCCAGCUGACCUCGAUAGCAAGUGCGAUGAUGCUGCUGCUUCAGGGGAUUGGGAAGGGGAGUUCUUCCCUGGCAUCCCCAAGAUCAAGUAUGAGGGUCCAAGUAGCAAGAACCCGCUUGCUUAUAAGUGGUAUAAUGCCGAAGAAGUGAUUCUUGGAAAGAAGAUGAAGGAUUGGAUGCGGUUCAGCGUGGCCUUUUGGCAUACAUUCCGUGGUAACGGAGCAGAUCCUUUUGGUGCCCCUACAAAGGCUUGGCCCUGGGAGGAUGGCACAAAUUCGUUGGCCAUGGCUAAGAGAAGAAUGAGAGCUCAUUUCGAAUUCAUGGAGAAGCUUGGAGUUGACAAAUGGUGCUUCCAUGACAGGGAUAUUGCCCCUGAUGGCAAAACGCUCACGGAAACGAAUAAAAAUCUGGAUGAGAUAGUUGAGCUGGCAAAGAAACUACAGGAGGAGACCAAUAUAAAACCACUGUGGGGGACUGCGCAACUUUUCUUGCAUCCACGUUACAUGCACGGAGCUGCUACUAGCCCAGAAGUUAAAGUGUAUGCUUAUGGGGCUGCUCAGGUUAAGAAAGCUUUGGAGGUCACUCACUACCUAGGUGGUGAAAACUAUGUAUUCUGGGGUGGAAGAGAGGGUUACCAAACUCUUCUUAAUACUGACAUGAAGAGAGAGCUUGACCAUUUGGCUAAUUUUCUUCAAGCUGCAGUUGACUACAAGAAGAAAAUCGGAUUCAAUGGAACAUUGUUGAUAGAGCCUAAACCACAGGAGCCCACAAAACACCAGUAUGAUUGGGAUGUUGCAACUACAUUCUCUUUUCUACAGAAAUAUGGUCUAACAGGAGAAUUCAAGAUAAAUGUUGAAUGCAACCAUGCUACUCUAUCUGGACAUAGCUGCCACCAUGAGCUUGAAACUGCAAGAAUUAAUGGGUUGCUUGGGAAUAUUGACGCAAACACCGGUGAUCCCCAGAUUGGUUGGGAUACCGACCAGUUCCUUACAGACAUUUCAGAGGCUACUUUGGUUAUGUCAAGUGUAGUUAAGAAUGGUGGGCUUGCACCUGGUGGAUUCAACUUUGAUGCCAAAUUGAGGAGGGAGAGUACUGAUGUUGAGGACAUGUUUCUGGCUCAUAUAUCAGGAAUGGACACCCUGGCCCGUGGCCUUCGAAAUGUUGUCAAGCUGAUGGAGGAUGGUUCCCUCGAUGAUCUUGUUCGUAAGCGCUACCAGAGUUUUGAUAGUGAGAUUGGUGCCAUAAUUGAGGCUGGGAAAGGAGAUUUCGAGACACUAGAGAAGAAGGUUUUGGAGUGGGGUGAACCCUCUGUUCCAUCUGGCAAGCAGGAACUGGCUGAGAUGUUGUUCCAAUCUGCUCUGUAGAUGCUGGCAUGUGCCGUUCAUAGUUCUAGGAAUAAUCCAAAGCUCGCCUUCGGAAGAAUGUGCAGUCAUCACUGUCGCUACGAUCAAUAAUCUAGUUUGUAGUUAUUAUUAGCCUUCCAUGCAAUGCAAUGAACCUUGUACACUACAGCGUGGAAUUGAAAUAAUGAGUCGUACCUUUCUGAA